AUGAGGCGACGAGCUGGUGUCGGUGCUAUCCAGAAGCAACAGUUAGAACGAGAAAAGUAUAGAGAAAAGGGUUCAGAAAUUCAAGAAAAUCAAUUCUUACAAAUGCAAAAGCAACUCGAGGUUUUCAGGGAAAAUCUUGAAGAAUUUGCAACAAAACAUAAAAAUGAAAUUAAGAAAAAUGCACAAUUCAGAAGGCAGUUUCAAGAAAUGUGCGCUGCAAUUGGUGUGGAUCCACUUGCUUCAGGAAAAGGCUUUUGGUCUGUGCUAGGUAUUGGUGAUUUCUACUAUGAGCUAGGAGUUCAAAUAGUUGAAGUGUGCUUAGCUACAAACUACAAAAAUGGUGGACUUAUAACGCUAGAAGAAUUAAGGACAAGAUUAAUAGCUGCACGGGGAAAAGCUAAGAAACAUCAAGAUAUAACAAAUGAAGAUUUGUUAGCUGCAGUAAAAAAACUCAAGAUAUUUGGAAAUGGAUUUACUGUGGUUUCUAUAGGGAAAGGAAAAUGGUUAGUGCAAUCUAUUCCUGGAGAACUUAAUCUAGACCAGACUUUAGUUCUACAAAAGGCAAGCUCCUUAGGAACUGCCUGGAUAUCUAUAAGCAUGUUAACUGGAGAUUUAGGGUGGAAUGAAACAAGAGCAGAAAAUGCUCUCAAUUACAUGGUUAAGGAAGGUCUAGCUUGGGUGGACAACCAGGACCCUAAAGAGACUCUAUUUUGGUUCCCUAGUAUGUUUUCUGACUGUGUUGAGGCUGCCGCGGCAUCUUAA